AUGGGUGACAACCUUCUCCACCCAAAAGAUAAUUUUAAAAUGGCUGAAGUAUUUAUGGAGAGUGAAGAAGAAGAACUGCAACCAUGUAAGAAGAAAGUAAAAGAUGUUGAGGAUGGUGGUGAUGAUGAUGAGCUAAUCUUUGUUGGGGAGAUUGCAAGUUCAAAACCAGUCAUUUCAAGAAUUUUGAACAGAGUCAACCCCAGGUCGUCAUCAAGAGGAAUACAGAAUGGCGCCACCAAUAGAGGUGUUCUUUCUUCAUUCAAGCCAACCAGUCAACACUACAUGACUCCGACAUCAAGUACUGUAGCAGCUUCACCAGUUUUUCCAUCUAUAUCGAGAUCUACAGAUAGUUCUGUUGCUCAGCCAUUAGCUAAACCUGGUUACGUAAAGAGCUCACCACUAGUUAGACCUAAUAAUUCUUCAGGCUUACUGUUUGACUUGAUACAAAACACAGGAAUACCUCAGGACCAAGGAGGAACAGCACAUUCUUUAACAGGUCAGAAUGAAAGCUCCUUUGUAAUGAAACGUCUUUCUACUUCUGAAGUAAACAGUGUUACUUCAAAGAAGCCCAAGUCUAGUGAAGGUAUUGCUGGAACUCAUCCCUCAUCCCCAUUCUCUUCAGUAAAGUCACCAUCACAGAGUUCACCUACAGAAGGCACAAUUACUUCUAGUAAAAAUGGACCACCUUCCCCAAGAGUUUGUCCACAGUGUAACAUUCAUUUUAAUCUGCUGGAUCCUUUAAAAAAUCACAUGAAGUAUUGUUGCCCAGAAAAGGUGAAUGACUUCUUUUGGAGAUCUAACAAAACAGAAUUUUCAAGUGCAGAAAGUGAAAAUAUGAUUCCUCAUGCUGAUAAAGGAAAAUUGGUCCUGUUACUUAGUGACUUUUAUUAUGGGAAACAUGAAGGUGAUAACCUACAAGAACAGAAGACUAACACAACCUUUAAAUGUUUCAGUUGCCGGAAAAUACUUAAAAAUAACAUUAGGUUUAUGAACCACAUGAAAAACCAUUUGGAACUUGAGAAACAGAUCAACCAAAGCUGGGAAUACCACAAGACUUGUCAACAUUGCUAUCGUCAGUUUCCCACACCUUUCCAGAUGCAAUGUCAUAUGGAAAGUACACAUAUCCCUCAUGAGUUUUCUACUAUUUGUAAAAUCUGUGAGUUAUCAUUUGAAACAGAGCAAAUUCUUUUACAGCAUAUGAAGGACAAUCAUCAACCUGGUGAAAUGCCAUAUGUUUGUCAGGUGUGUAAUUAUAGAUCAUCAUCAUUUUCUGAUGCAGAAACACAUUUUAGAGCUUCUCAUGAAAAUACUCAGAACUUGCUUUGUCUAUUUUGCCUCAAAGUUAUUAAACUUGCAAAACCAUACAUGCUCCACUAUACCAAACAUCAGAUAAAACAAAGAUAUCGUUGUACAAAGUGCCGACUACAAUUUUUGACUUGCAAAGAGAAAAUGGAUCAUAAGACUCAACAUCGAACAUUUAAAAAACCUAAACAAUUGGAAGGAUUGCCUCCUGGAACAAAAGUCAAGAUCCGAACUUCAGUUGCACCUCUUCAGGCAGGAGCAUCAACUGCACUUUGAAUUAGUUCAAGCACUUCAAUCCUUCAGUUGUCUCCUCCAAGGAAUAAAAAUACAAUGCAAAAAGUACAGCUGCAUAAAACCACCGCUGCAAAACGUGACACUGCAAAAUACAGUACUAGAACUACUGCAACAAAAUUGAAAUAGAAAUCAAAAGCAUAUUAUGUACAAAAGAAGCCAGGCCCUGGGGGUACAAGAAGAAAUAAAGUCAAUAUACAGUAUUUAUACAGAAUCCAGAGUUUAAGGUAUCUUUGGGGAGUUCAAAAGCGCGUUGAGUGUUAUUUGGAAAUAAAACAUUUUGCAAACCAUUUUCCUAUUGUCCACUGUAGUUUAUGCAGAUAAAACACUAGCUAUAGUAAAGCCUAUGUAAAUCACAUGAUGAGCUUUCACAGCACCUGUGCAAGCAAAAGGUUGUGCAUUUUUAAGAAGCAUUCAGAAGAUUUGAGGUGCUUUACUAUAGUGUGCCUUAAUCGUGAUUUCCUAACUGAUGUUUCUGGUGUAGAUAAUAUGGCCACACAUUUAAGUGAAGGUGACACUCACACAUGCCAAGUUAUUAAAGAAAAUAUGCCUGUUUCCAUCUCAAGUUCUGAACAACUUCCAAAAAAAAUUCAAGACCUAAUAUAUCUGAAGGAAAAUCAGAAACAUCAACUUUUGAAAACAAGCAAGAAAUGCUUCUUCAGAGGAAGCCAAAAAAGAAUGUCAAUGAUAAAACCUUAUCAACAUCCGCUUGCUCUCCAAUUUGCUGUGGACGAGAUCAACAAGAAUCCCCAUUUGCUGCCCAACAUAACCUUAGGAUACCAGUUGCUCAAUAACUUCCAUAACAACAAACUGGCUUUGGAGAGCUCCUUGAUAUGGCUGUCAGGGAGGGGUCCAACCAUCUCUAACUAUGGCUGUGGCAGGCAGUCCAACUCAGUGGCUGUCAUUGGAGGGAUGUCAUCUACCCUGUCCAUGUCCAUGGCCACCAUUCUCAAACUUUUUAAAGUUCCACAGACUCUGCUCGUGUAUCUGGGUGUACAGCAGAUUUUUGAUCACUUGAAAUCUGUCAAAGCUCAUUCACCUACAUUUUUAGAUACUCCCUUCAAAAGUUAA